AUGCGGCUGACAGUGGAGCUAAUUCUCCAGUCUCACCAGUAUAUCAACCCGGGACGGGACUGGACCUUGUCUCUGCGAGGCUACAAAAUCCCGACGAUCGAGAACUUGGGUGUGACGCAGGACCAUUUUGAGUGCAUCGACUUAACCGACAAUGAACUGCUGAAGCUCGAAAACUUCCCGCCGCUUCCUCGUCUGAAAACGCUGCUCGAUGUUCUCUCGGAUCUUCUUCCUCUGUUUCAAGCCAAGAAUCUGGAGCGCCUUUCUCUCAUGGACAACGGCGUUCGCGAGCGCGCCUACUAUCGCCUUUUCGUGAUUUUCAACCUGCCGAAACUGCGGUUUCUGGAUUACAAGCGCGUGACACAGCAAGAACGCGAACAAGCCCGCAACACGUUCAAGGGCGAGAAGGGUGCGAAACUCGCGCACGAAAUCGCUCCGCCGCGCAAGGCCCACGCAGCUUUGGGCGUCGGAUCAGUGGGCGCCGAGGAGAAGAAGGCGACGGACACCUCGGCGGAUCAAAUCGAGAGAAUCAAGCUGGCGAUUGCAAAGGCGACGACAAUGGAAGAAAUCACGCGUCUAGAGAGUGCACUGAAGGCAGGCUACAUCCCCGACGAGCUUUUGAACUCCGAGAAGACGCAGAGCAGCGAUGCCACUGAGGCGGAAGGCCAGUCCGCGCGGAAGAAAUGA